AUGCUCAAGAGUUCCAUUCGAAGAUCUGGUGCUAGAGCGUUACGUGCACAAGGUUUCCGACCUUUUGCCACCAAGCUUUCCGGUCUCCAUUGCGCCCGGACCGCGUACCCGUAUCUUUCAGCAUCUCCGAACCACGGAUAUGCCACCUUCUCCAGCGGAACUGAAGACUUUGAGAUCGAUUUGAUCACUUUACGUCGAAAGUCGGCUCCGGAAAACCCCCUGGUGCCUCCAUUCCCAACCGUUUUGGAUCAAAACUCUCCAAUUAACGGAAAGUAUGACCCUCAAGUGGUAGAUAAGAUAUUGAGCAAGAAGGGUGGUCGGGCUGAGGAUACCAGUGGAACUCCCGCUACAUGGGCGUUUGUGGCGCAGUACCAUAAGGAAUUGGAAAUCCUUGAGUCGUUUAUCAGGCUCUCCUAUGCCAACACCAUCCCUGACAUCUCCACCCUCACAUCUGUGGAGAUCUCCAAUGUGCUCUACAUCUUCCGUGGCUUGUACCGCAAGGGCCAUUUGGAACUUGCUGCAGGCGCCAAUGUCCGGACCUUGGAUGAAAUGGUUGACGAGUUCUUAUCAUUGCUUUCAGAUGCCCCUUCUACUUCCCGGAGUUUGACUACCUCCGUGCACUCCCUCUUGAAGAACCCUCCAAAAGAAUCAGUGCAAACGGCUUUGUGGAGUAGCGGCAUUGGCAAUUUCCUUCCGGAAUUGAGUGUUUUGACGAAAGAGUACGAUUUCAAUACGCUUGCUUCGGUGCAGCCUAUAGUCGACAAGAUUGGCGUCUUGGUUACCGAGUUCUCCCGUUUUCUAGAGGUCAACGGAGCGGCUCAUAACUACGAUGCUGAUUUCUUCCGUGUCUUGAUCUACGUUUCUCGCUACAAACACUUGAAGCUGAUUUUGUUGGAUCUUUCGAAGAAGGACGUGUCUCCUAAAGCAUUGCUCAAGCUUGCGAAGAACCCAAGAAGCGCUGAUCUCCAGGAAGCUAUCAGAGCUGGUAGUGCUGAAGUCGAGAAGCUCAGCGAUUUGAUAAGCAACUCAAGCAGAAACAUCUUGAACAUUGUGUUUGCUAAUGUGGGACUCCGCGAGACAGACUUUACUUUUGCAGCCGUUUCUGCCGAGACCGAGAAAAGCGUCUACACCUCCACUGAAAAGGCACUUUUGGAAAGCUUUAUUGAAACGUACUUGCCCUUAGUAUGCGGGGGCGUACUUACAAUUGACGCAUUUAAGGACCCCAAGUUCGAGAAGACUCUUAUCACGAAAGACGCCAGCCCUGUUACGACUUACUUAGUGCUGCAAAACUUUUUCGAAAAUUACGACUUUUCCCUUGCCACAAUCUUGGGUAUCACUUCUAACUUCCAUAUCAUUCGUGCUGUGGCGCCUCAGUUUGAGCUGCUCAGAGCCGUCUCUUUGGAACAAUUGACGGAUGCGAUUGAUAAAUUGGCAGAGAAAUCAAGCCCAUUGAUCUUGGAGGAUGCUGCUAAGGUCCAUGAAGCUCUUGUGUCCUUCACUCGACUUUCUAACACAGGCUUUAUAAUCUUCGAAAAGCUUUUGCUGAACCCACAGUGGAUUGUUGCAUGGCAGCGUCAUGUCCUUUUCACAGGAACUUCCUACCCAGACGAAUCUUUAACCGUUGUUAAUCUUAAGGGCGAAAUUGCAGCUCUCGAAGAAAUCAAGCCAAAGGUCGUCAGCAUUGAUGUCAUGCAGAUCCUGGGCAAAUGUCUCAGUGACUUCAAGAAAGAGCUUGCAGACUUCAAGCAAAAGGACUUGCGGAACUUCAAGUAUGCUGACAUUGGCUUCCCGAAGCUUUUGAAGUACAUCAAUAGCGCCAUAGCUCAUGCUAUCUCUAGAAAUGAGCAUUCUGCUGGCUCUGCUGUGACGUUAAAAAACGCUGGAUUGUAUGGUCAGCUUAAUGAGCUCUUGGCCGCUAAUAUCGAGCCUAAUAAUGCAAAGACCGAUUUCUUAGACGAACUUGCAGAAGGUUCAGCUGCACCUGCUGAGAAGGGCUACCAACAGAUCCCUGAAGAGCUCAAGAUCCACAGCUUCGUGAAGGAACUCGAGAUCUUGAGGAAUGAUGAACUCAAAAAGUCAUUCAAAAACAGCACUCCAGAUGAGAUUGUCGGUUUGGUUGACCGUAGGUGUACUGAAUUCUCGCAGAACCUCGAGAAUCUGAACCCAGCAUCUAGAAUGUCUAAAUCCAACUGGGCUGUUUUCAUGAAGAUGGGUGGUCGCUUGAAGAGACUAUUUGCUAUCAACAAUGGCAACACUGAGAUCUUGGAUGCGGUGAUCAACUCUCAAUCUGCAUUGGACAAGCUUGAAGCUAAGCUUGCCGAAAAGAAAGCCCAGCAGGAUGCUGAGAAAGCGGCCACUUCAGAGAACACUUUAUACGCACCUGGUCCUUACGUUCAAAUCCCAGAGAAGUUAGGCUUGCAUGAUUUUGUUGAGCACCUUUCAUUAUUCAGAGAUGAGCUUCAGAAGCCCUAUAAAGAUGCUUCUGCCACUGAAGUGCUCGACUUGAUGGAAAGGAGGACCAAGGAGGUCUACAAUGGAGCUAAUUUGGCCUCGCUGAAAAUCAACACAGACAACUUGGUCUCGUUCAUCAAGCUCCACGCCAAAUUGAAGAAACUUUUGGCAUGGAAUGGUGGAAACACUGCAAUCUUGGACACCAUUAUCUAUUCACAAAAAGUUUUUGACAACUUCGAAGCUAAAAUAACUUCGAAGUCUAAACCUGCCACCAAAUUGUCCAGUGUCGAGGUUUCGUCAUACAAGCAGAUUCCAGAUGAUGUCUUGCUUGAAGAGUACGCAGAGGAGCUUGAGCAAUUGAAAGCUAAUCUCGGUUCCAAUUUUGGCGAUCAUACGGCCUAUCAAGUGCACAGAGAGUUGGACAAGAUGGUGAACUCCGAAGAAGACCCUGAAAGACGCUUGACCCUUGGAAAACUCCAAAGAAACAUCAGGAUGCUCUUGAAACACAAUGGCGGCCUGACUUUUGCUUUGGAUACGGUCUUGAUCAGCAGAAAGGUGUUUGACAACAUGAAGAACAAGAUUGCUUCUGCAGAAGCCACUGGAAACAAGUUCAUCAUGUCUGAUUUUCUCGAGAAGACAACCUCGUCCAAGCCAAAGAAAACCAUCAAGUACAAUGAUGCAAAUGAGGUUUUGGCUUUGCUCAACAGCAACACUUCUGCAGCUGAUGUUGGUGUGGACAAUCCCAAGGUUGAGGCGUCUAUCCGUGACGCCCUUGCCUCAGCUAUGAGUCAAGAGGAAAGUAACUUGAAGAAAGAAAACCCUGAGGAAUACGCUGCUAUCAACUCUUUGACGGCCCAAAAGAUCAGAGAUACUUACACCAACAAGUCCAAGUCGACGAAGCCCAUCGAUAAGGAAUCAUUGGAAAAUUUCCUCAAGUCGUCAAAGGAAGCCAAGGACAUCAACGAGGAGAACAAGUUCCGUGAACAAAAUGCCUACGAGUGGAGCAAAAGCAAGUGCCUGAGCAACCGUACCUUGGAGUCUAAAAACUUCUUUAACCCCAUGCAAAACGCAAAGGGCGUUGCCAUGGAAUACCUUGUGGUAACGCCCACGGGCGACACAAUCUAUUCUCGCGAGAAUCCUCUUGGAGCGAAACAUGUUCCUGAAGAGAUGGUCACUGUCUUGAAUAGAGUUUCCCCAUCCGUGCUUGAGAAGGUGUCCAAGAGGAUCAACAAGCUUCAGAAGAAGAACUGGAGAGUGAUUGGUGGAGGCGACAAUGACCGUCUCGUUGUUGUGAGCAGGCCAUUAGCAGCCAAGGGUGCCAAGGUGUGGAAAUUGAUCCGUACCAUCUUCACCACCACCGGUAUGGUGUUCGUCGUUAUGUUGGGCCUCCAUGUCUGGUUAGACGACGUUGAGCAUGGUACAUCACCCCAGUUGGCGUUCCCACCGAGCGAGAACAUCGGAGUGAUGGAACAGUCUGACGUUGACGACCGGUAA